UAUAUCAACAGUUGAUGAUCAACAGUUAACACACCAAGUUAAUCAAUCUAAUUGUAAUUGUUACCUGAUUGUCUUUUAAUUUUUAUAAAUUCUAAAUGAAUUUUAAACAAUUAACACAUUCGGUUGUUAAUUAUCAUUAAUCAAUUGUUUCUUUCCCCACAAUUAAUUGAUUCUCUUAAUUAUUUCCCUUUAAUUGUCCAACACUUUCUCAUCUCUUCAUCAGUAAUUACAUUUCUCUCUAUGUGUUAACAUAAAGCAAGAGAGUUCCCCAAUCAAUCAAAUUGUUUUCCUCUCUUAAUUGUUGUGAUUUAACUUUCUCUUAUUUUUUUUCUCCUCUCAUCAUCUAACAAUAUCAUCAAUUAGAUUAAUCUAAAUCAUAUCUCCAAUUGGUAUCAAUGAUAAUUUUGAUCGUAUCGUAAAUCUAAUCAUCCCAGUGAUUCAAAUCAAAUGGAUAAUAGUGACAAUGAUAAAACAAUCAACUCUUUGGUAUCAUUAAAUGUCAACAAUAGUGUCAGAAAAACAAUUACCAAUAAUUAUGUAACUUCACCAACAAGCCAAUUAAAUUUGGGUAAUCAGGAUGGAUCAUCAUCUAAAUCAUCAUCAUCACCAUCACCAAAUGCUGGUAAAUUGACCAGAAAAUUUUCUAGUGAAGGUCAUUUACAGCAAUCAACUAAUUGUUACAAUUAUCACAAGAUAAUUGAUGAUGAUCAGGUUAACAUUGAUAUUAGAAAACAAAAUCAACAUGAUCAAGGUAAUAAUCAUAUUGGUUUAUCACCGAUUCUUAAACAGCCUCGAGGCUCAAUCACCCGACCAGGAUCAGCUGAACCUCGACCUGGUGUUUUGUUUGAAUCGACAAUUGAAAUGAACACUGGCUCAUCGUUGGCAGAAAUUAAAUGUAACUCUAAUCGACAGUCUUACAAUUUACCAGAAUUUAAUGAACAUUAUGAGGUUAUUAAAGGUUCUUCCCAUAAGACAAGCCUUAAGAUGGGAAAUAAGUUCAUUUCCUUCAUUAAGCCUCAUUUCUCAAUUGAUUAUAUCAAUCAUAAAGUAGUUAAAUUGUUCCCAAUUCUUGCCUGGCUUCGUAAUUAUAAUGUUCGUAAAAAUUUGAUCGUCGAUUUGAUCGCUGGACUGACUAUUCUGGUUUUCCAAGUUCCACAAUCAAUGGGCUAUUCGUUAAUUGCUAGAGUUCCACCGGUUCAUGGUUUAUACACGAGCUUCUUUCCCGCUUUGGUUUACUCUUUCAUGGGAACAUCGAGACAUUGUGCUGUCGGGACUUUUGCUGUCGUUUCUCUUAUGACGGGUAGUCUUAUAUCCCAAGUUCUCGAGUCUCAGGGUUUUCGACCUGUUGAUAAGCCCGAAGAAGCGGUCGAAAUUGCCAUGGCCAUUUCAUUUCUAAUUGGACUUUAUCAACUGGUCUUUGGUAUUUUUCGCCUUGGAUUUUUCUCCGUUUACAUGUCUGAACAAUUGAUCUCCGGUUUUACCACCGCUUGUUCAUUUUACGUUUUCACCUCCCAAAUAUCCUACCUUUUUGGCCUUCAUUUACCAUAUCGAUCAGGCCCAUUGGCAUUGAUCUACACUUACAGAGAUUUAUUUUAUUCACUUGAUUCCAUCAAUGGUCCAACCUUAAUCAUCUCGGUUACCUGUUGUCUCAUCAUUUUAGCAUUUAAAUUUGUAAUCAAUCCGCUUCUCGCACGACACACUAACCUUUCAAUACCCUUUCCAAUUGAAUUGGUUUUGGUCAUUUUAUCAACAGUUUUCUCACACUUUCUGUCCAUUUAUGAUCGUUGGGGUGUCCAAAUAGUUGGCCCCAUUCCAAGGGGAAUACCUUUACCUCGACAUCCAAGGUUUGAUCUGAUCCGUGAACUUUCAAUCUCAACCAUACCUUUGGCUAUUGUCGCUUAUACUUUGACCAUCUCAGUGGGCAAGAUAUUUGCCAAUCGUCAUAAGUAUAAGGUUGAUCCUAAUCAAGAGCUUCUUGCACUUGGAACCACAAAUUUGAUCAGUUGCUUUUUCUCGUGCAUCCCAUCAGCAGCGUCUCUCUCUCGAUCAGCUGUUCAGGAAAGUUCAGGUGGACGAACACAAUUGGUUUCAUUGGUCAACUGUGUCGGCCUAUUAUUUGUCCUUCUCUAUGCAGGUCCACUUCUCUCACAAUUACCCAAUUGUGUUCUAGCAGCGAUCAUUGUUGUCGCGUUGAAAACUCUUCUCGCUCAGGUUAAAGAUUUCGCUAACUAUUGGCGAAUCUCAAAACUUGACGCUUCCAUUUGGUUGACAACUUUUUUCGCUGUCCUUUUACUCGAUGUUGACAUUGGCCUUUACGUUGGCCUAGGAUACUCUUUACUCACUCUUAUCUACAAAUCACAAAGGCCCAAAAUGUACCUUCUUGGUUUCGUUAACAAUUCCGAUGUUUACGUUCCCAUCAAUCGUUACGCUUCCGCCAAUGAAAUCCCAGGGGUCAAAAUCUAUCAAUUCUGUGGUCCACUUCAUUUCGCUAACAUCGAAUACUUUCACAAAGGAUUAACACGAAAAACCGGAGUCUCAGUAAAGGGAGUUUUAACUGAAAAGAAACGACGGAAACGGAAACGAGAUAAGAAAUGGUCAACAUGUGAAGUAGCCCAUAGACUGGAUCUCGUUCCAGGUUUGAAUGGGUUUGAUGGUUCAUUGAACAGCGUAAUUCCAGUUCAUUUAUCUCAUAUAAUCAUUGAUUGUUCAAUGUUUUCCUACAUUGACGUUGCCGGUGUCCGUCAGUUAAGGUCAACAAUCCAAGAGUACGCUCACAUUGGGGUUGAAACUUUUCUCGCCUGUGUGGCCACUCAUGUCCAGAAGAUGCUAGAGAAAGAUGGAUUCUUCAUCCAAGUCCCACCUUCUCAUGUUUACCUUACCAUUCAUGAUGCUGUUGACAAUGCCCUGAAAGUGAGACAGUCACGAUUUAAAUCAGCGUUCAAAGGAUCCCAAAGUUCAUCUCUUAAUGAGGGUUCAGCCUCUUGCUCAACAUUCACCCUGAACCAUGAUGAUCACCAUCAUCAUCAUCAUUCACCCAACGAUGAUGUUGCUGUUGAUUCCAAUGAUAUAAUCGAUCAGGUUAAGGAAAAGAUUGAUGAAAAACCUUUUAAAGGUAAAAGUGAAAUAAACAACAACAAGAAUCAUAACCAAUCACAACAAUUACCAGAUUAUCAUCCAAUUAAUUACCAUAAUCAGCGAUCAUUGAAACGCCUUCCCAAUCGAAAUGAUCAUUUGGACCAUGAAAAUCAUUCUAAUGAAGAUGAUCUCAGCGAGAAAAGUAAAUUUCUUUGCUGUCCAAAAGCUCAUUCCCCUUAGGAACAAACAAUUAACCAUUGAAGGAAAAGAAAGAAAUUUAAUUGCGAAGGUUAAAUUGUCACAGAUUAAUUAUCCAUAUCAAUUAGUUGCUCGUUAAUUCAAUUAUUUACGAUCGAGUUGAUUGAUUGUACUUUUUUUUUCUUCUCUUCUUUAUUUUCGCCCAUUUGUAUUAUCUUUUAUUUUGGUUCUUUAUUUUUUUCGAUUCACUUUAAUUGUUUUAAUUUGUAAAUCAAUCGCCUCACGAAUGAUAUGUCACGUUUCUGUUUUGUAAUUAAUUGAUCACAAUUAAUUGUUUUACUCGAUUUGUUUUGGUAAUAGAAAAUUAAUUAUUAUUAUCAUUAA